CACACGCGCGUGAAAUUUCCCUCUCGAGAAAGAUGGCGAUAAAAGUCAAAAAGUAAUUUAUUAUGACAUUUAGUGAAAUUACAAUAGAAAUUAAGUUUUUCUACUGAUGGCAGACUCAUUUUUCGGAUUCGACACCACACUGCCGCCGGACGACGAUAUUGGCGGCCUGGAUGACGAUGAGCUGGAGUACGAUGCCUUAAACGAUGAGACCUUCGGGGCGGCAAUCAAUGGCGACUGGGAGGGAAUGCACGAGAACCUGGUGAAGCUGGAGGACGAGCUGAAGCGAGGCGACGAUGCAUUCCAGAAGACUCCCGCGCGGGCCGAGGGCUCCUCCAGGAGCAAAUACGGCGCCCCCUUCGACGACUAUCCGCCGCUCGGGGGGCUCCAGAAGAUGCGCAUGCCAGACAUUUCGCAAAUCAACCUCAACACCUGUCUGGGCGAGUUUCUGGACGAGUCAGAUCUGCCCUUGGCGCUGGACUCGAGCGUGUGGUCGUCGCCGAUGGAUCCGAUGCGUCGCAAUGAGUUCAAUGCCUUGUCCAAGGACACAUCGAAAGCGCCUAAGCCACCCGGCAACGCCUCGCCAUCGCCCCUCCCGAAGAUGUUCACCGUCGAGGACAUCGAGCGCAACAUCCGCCAGGUGCCGCCGCCGCCCCCGCCGCGCGGCGGCCCACCCACUGAGGCCCUCGGGGCGCCGCUGCACUACGCCACGGAGCCGCCGAGCCAGCCGCCGCCCCUCAACUGUCGGCCCAUCAUGCCGCCGCCGGGCAUCCUUCCGUCCCCGCAGAUGCCGCUGUUCAACAUGCCCAUGGCCAAGCAGCCGCCCUUCCGGCCGCCCGCGGACUUUCCCCUCAUGCACCUGAUGACUUCCAUGGGCGCCCCGCCGAUGCCGCGCCCCAUGCCGCCCGCCAACAUGCCCCAGAUGGCCUACAACAACCUCGCCAUGCACUCGAACUUUGGUGGCGUUCGACCGAUGCAGCAGCCGGGCAGAAUGAAUCCACUCAUGAAUGGACCACCGUUUCCCACGCCACCGCCGCCCGCGCCGCCAAUGCAGAACAAUCCCGUCAGUGUGAAUCAAUACAACAAGAGAUUAGUGCAGGAAAUACAGCAGAAUCAUCCCAUGUUGUACUUCAAUCGCAUCAACAACUUCGACGCGGGAAACAAUUCUUAUCACCAAAACCAAAUGAAUGGCGGCAAGAAUAACAAUCAGAACCACCAACAGCAGCAGCAGCAGCAUCGCUUCAAGCAGCAACAGCAGCAUCAUAGAGAUGGAAAUUUGAAUUUGGAGGAAUACGAUGAAUAUGCAAAUUUAAUGAGUCAACGAAACAAGCAGUGGCUGAUAGGGAUUCAAUUGCUGCAGCUGAACACGGAGACGCCCUACAUCGAUGACUACUACUAUACGGUGUUCAAGGAGAGACGGAUGAAGCGUGAGCGCGAGAGCAAAGCGCACAGGGAUAAUCAGCUCAAUCAUCCGCUCACGCAGCCCAAGGGGCAUGCACAGCUGGUGUUGCUGUCGAUGGGGAAGAAUGGGACGAAUCAGCGGAAUCAUGAUCGUGACAAGAAGAAUCAGGACAACAGCAAGGGUGAGAAGGAGAUGACGCCCAGGACGUACACGCCGCUGCAGUUUGAGAACAGCCUGGGGAAGCUUCAGUGUGGCAGUGUGACGGCGCCGAGGAAGAUCAUUGACAUGGAUAUCAUGGGACCGGAGACGGGACAUCAGCUGAGCAGCAACAUUGAGUUGUCGACGCAGAAGAAGUCGCGGCAGAUGUUGCUGCACAUUGAGUCACUGUACAAGAUCAUGCUGAAGGUGGAGGACCUGAAGAAUCCCAUCGCCAUGGCCACGGCGCUGGUGGUGAAGGGGAAGAAGGAGCGCGAGCGGAAGCAGGCGCUGGAGCAGCUGGAGAGCGAAGCUGCUGCUGCGGUGGAUGUGGAUGAGAAGAGUCGCCAGGCGGUGCUCGAUGCCAUUGAGGAGAAGUACCCAGAGCCGGACAAGCUGGACGAUCUCCUGCCACAGCUGGUGGCGGGAUUGAGCAUGGACAAGGUGAUGGGCAUGAUGAAUGUGCGAAAGGGCAGAACGCUGAUCAGGCGCUCGUUGCCACAUCUUGUGGAUGAGGAGCACAAGUGGCAAGUGUGGCACGCAAUCUUCACCGUGUUGCCAAUAAUUGCGAAGAAGGACAGAGAUGAAUCCGAUGGGAGUCUCGUGGCGCUCUUUCCGGAGUUCAAGAAUCAUCUGAUUGUGGCGAAAUUUAGUGAUUUUAUCACAGUUCCAAAAGCAAUUGUGGCGGCGAACAAAAAGAUUAAUUACAUCUUUGGAAAUAAGUUUGGCAUGCUGUCGAUAAUUGCGAUGAUGGUGACGGCGGAGGCGAUUUAUGAGCUGUACGAGGGUGAGCCUGAGGUGGACAUCAAUGGCAAGAUCUGGAGGCAAUUCAUGGUGACGCUCGCGUCGUGUGCUGCCAAGCAGCCACACACUGAUAUUGAGCAGAGUUUAGAUAAAGAGGUUUUACAAAUUCUACUCAAUCAUCUGAGGAGAUUUCCGGAAGUUGAGGCGCAACCACUGACGACUGUCCUAUCACAGGUGGACUUUAAGUAAUUCACUCCCAUUUUAUUUACCUACAUAUACACUUCCUUUUCUCCCCUUUUUGUUUGUUCGUCCACAAUAUUUGAUUUCCCUUCUCGACGACGCGUGGAUUUGUCCUGAUCAUGAUGAUAAUGAUGAUGAAGUGUAAGAAAUUUAAUAAUAAUGUCACUGAAUAGGCGGAUAUGUGAAUUUAUAUCUUCAAUAUUUUACUUUCCUCGCUAUGAUAAUUACAAAAUGAAAGAAAAAAAAAUGAUGAAAAAAUGUGAAUUUUAGGAAAAGGAAAUCAAAUUUAUUAUUUAAUGAGAGAGAGAAAAAAAUUCCUGUGCAAGUAAUUUGUAAUGUUUUUUUUCCUUCACUAUUUUGAGUCUCACUAUAUGUUCUUUCUCAUCGUCUUAUUGUGUUGAUUGGAAAAUAUAGUGAGUGAGAUUGCAAACAUUGUCGCGCUGUAAUAUUUUAUAUACACACACAAAAACAUCUUUUUCCUGUAAUCACAACACACAAACACACUUCAAUCUCUGCCGUUACUAUUUAAUUUUACGUCCUCGAUCAUCUUUUUUUUUUAAUUAUUAUAAUUCACAGCAUAAAACUAUUACUUAAAUGGUGAGAAAAAAAAGAGAUAUUUUUUAUAAAUUUUGUCACAUGCAAACAGGAGAAAAUUUAUCAAUUAUGUAAAUUUAGGAUAUAAAUUUUUGCUCUGUCAUAAGUUAAUUCUUAUAUAUCUUCUGUUUAUAGUUAAUGAUAACAAAUAAUGCGAUAAAGAUGAAGAAAGAAAGAAAG